CCAGAAUCAACUCUCUUUUCUCCUGGCGGUCUUCAUUGUCUUUGUCAAACGCGACAAUUGAAAAGACGACUCUCUCCAAGAAGCUCAGCCAUCCCGCUGACCAGGACUGAUGACGGCCGUCGACUCCCUUCCCCUUUCCCUCUCUCACCAGAGCCUAGUCAAGAUGGAAGAGCGCAAAAGACCAAGUCCAUACGAUCAGGUCGACUCGGCUCCUCCGUCAAAGAAGUUGGCUACCUCUGCUAAUGGCGCGUCAAAGUCCCACAAGGAUGACGAUAUGCCAUGGAAAGAUGAUCUUGAGACAUAUCAAAAAGAUGCAAUUCUCCGACGGAUGCAAGAGUACAAGAGGGAGAAAUCCACGCUCGAGUCACAAUUAAAAGAGAUGAGGAAAAAAACCCGACAUCACGAUGAUCAUCUCCGGAUCAUUGAUUCUUGGUUUCAGCAAGUAAUUGAUGAGGUCAAGCUCAUUGUGCAAGGCGAUGACGACGUAGAUAUGGAUUCCUCAUCUUUGCCAUCCUCUCUCCUCUUUACCGACCAAGAACAUUUCCAAGAGCAUCUACAAAGUCGAUCCAAAGAGAUCAAAGCUGUGAUAUCGAAAUUGUUCGGCUCUAACAACCCUGUCUCUCCCGACAUAACGGAACUGCAGUCGCGAAUAUCCCGACUCCUCGCUGCUGAGAAGGGACACGUAGUGGAACUGUCAAGGCUCCAAUCGGAGAAGGAAGAUCUAGAGGCUCGACUAGAAAAUGCGUCUUUGCGGUAUAUGGUUGCGGAAAAGAAAAUCGAUAGAGCCAAGAGCGUGACUGUCGCAAAAUUCGAAAAACAGGCACUAAUGGGCGCUACAAAGAUGCAGACCGAAGAUGGAAGCUCGGCCAAGCGAGAAGAUAGUGUUGUCAACGGCACGACUGACCAUGCGGAAGAACUUGCGGAGGCUGAAACUCAGCUGAACAAGACAGCAGCGGCUUCCGAGAAGCAGAGAGAACAGCUGGAAAAACUUGAGGAAGAGAACACUCGGUUGAACGCCCAAAUAACAGAGUUGACGACAAAAUCGGUAAUAUUGACGGAUGACGAUUAUGCGAAAACGGAACUGUUCAAACAGCUGAAAUCACAACAUGAAGAUGUGAUCAAGAGGAUAAAUAACCUCGAAGCAGCCAAUGCUGAGUUGAAAGAGGAAGCCACAAAGUUGAGAUCGGAGAGGACGACAUUUCAGCUGCAGCUUGAAAAUGAGCGCCGGGUUGCCUUGCAAGAGAAGGAGUCCCUCCUUGCAGCAUCAGAAGCCAAUCUCGCACGUAUUCGACAUAACCGGGAUGAGCUGCUAGCAGACCAGGCAGUCAAGAAAGCAACAUUGGAACAGGAUCAAGAAGCAUUGCGAAAAAUGAAAGACCUGUCCUCAGCUCUAGAAGACCAGAUUCGGGCACUGGAGUCGAAGAAUGAGCGCCUUUCUGGAGAGUCGACUGCCAUGGCCGUGGAUGAUGCGACUUUGGAAGGCCUGAGUCUCGAAGAGCUGAGAGGAAAGUACACCGAGCUGGACCGCAAGUACAAUUUGCUGAACGUUGAAUUGUCGUCCAUGUCGACAGCAUUCCAAAAGACGUCCAAGAUUGCAACUCAGAAAGUCUCAGAAUUUGCAGCCUUGGAAGAAAAGGUCUUGCGACUGUCAGCUGAGAAAGCCAAAGCUGACCAGAAAUUCUUUGCAGCCAUGAAGAGCAAAGAAACUCGUGACUCUGAGGUGCGAACUUUGCGUUUGCAGAACUCGAAAUCUGCGGAGGCAGUCUCACAAUUGAAAGAGGCUGAAAAUGCAAGUCGAGCUCUCUUAGUUACGAUGGAGAAACAGCUGGCUGAAAUGAAGGAUGCUUUAUCCCACAAAAUUAAUGAGCACCGCAAUGUUCAACAGCAAAACAUCACCCAAGGUCUCGAAGUUUCGAGACUGAAUUCUCAAAUCACAGAACUGAAGAAUCAGUUAAGCACGAAAGAUGCCACAUUAGCUCAAACAUCCAGUCUUUGUCGUGCUGCGGAGGUUGAAGCUGAAGAACUGAAAGCAUCGUUGAAGGAUUGUCGGCGGAACCUCGAAAUGUGGAAGAGCAAGAGUGGCCAAAAUGAACAAUACGAGAUUCUGCGGCAAUUUGCAUAUUGCAAUGUGUGCAAGAAGAAUCUCAAGAACACCGUCAUGAAGAAUUGUGGCCAUACAUUCUGCAACGAAUGCGUCGAAGAGCGAAUGACGUCGAGAUCGAGAAAAUGCCCGAAUUGCGGAAAGGCAUUUGGCAGCAACGAUCACAUGCGGAUCACGCUCUGAUGUCCGACAGGAACGUUCACAUCUGUAACAACACACCUCAUUGACAUCAAUCAAUCUCGAGCUCGGUUGUUGAGCCGUGCUCCGAUUCUGCUCUCAAUCUGUACGACUAUCAAUAACCCAGCGCAUGGUUUUCGCGGAAUUGAUCACGCAGGAUAUCUCCACUUUGAGGACUGAUUGUUGGAAAUCGAAAUGGAAGAGUUCUCUCCUGGAGGUGGACUUUCAACGAUAGUACCGAGUAUGCCACAGUCUCGUCCGCUCUCGCGGUAGCUGAUUCAUCAUGUCGACAAGUCAGGUACGACCGCCAACUAUAAUCGUCAAUGGGAUGCACAAAGUGUAAUACGGGGCGAGUAGACCCGGCUCAAAAUGGCGAGUUCUCCAAGUGGAACCGAGCAGGCACACCCAACACUUCCAAGUGAUACUCAUCUCUAGCAUGGCCGUGGCUCACAAUCGGAGGUGAUCCGCCGAACCAGUUGCCAGUUGUCGUACAGUUCGACAAUUGGCCCAGUACAGCAGUUUCGAGUCAAGAAUCGUCUCGCAGAUAGCAAUGAACAGAUGAAUACUUCAAAA